AUGAACCCCACUCUUAUCACACCAAACAGCCAUCAACAACGCGUCAAUUCGACGCGUGAUAACGUUGCCACACGCGUUCCGGGGGGCCCAAGUCGGUCAUUCAGCACUCCAAGCUCCAAAAAUUUUGCGCGGGAUUUCUGCACCGCGAGUCCACACUGGGCUCGCAGGGUAAGAAACAGGGUAAGAAGAAGCCUUUCGUUCCUCAAGGCAUUCCUCAAGGCACCUUUCGUCACUCGUUCCUCGUUCCUCAAGGCACUAACGUUCCUCAAGGCAAGGCAUCGGGUUGAGCUACGGGUUGAGCUACGAGCCAUCCUCGGUGCACUCCGCUUCCGUCACUGGCGAGGUGAGGGCUUCAUGACGUUGGUUUUCGCCACUGACGCCGAAUAUGUGGCUGAAGGCGCCAGCACGUGGGCUCGCGGCUGGGUACGCAAUGGAUGGAGAACCAGCACGGGCGCCGAAGUGAAGAACAAGGACCUGUGGGAGAUGCUUCUUGGAGAGGUUGAGCGGUGGGAUUCCUCGGGCUUAAAGAUCCAAUUCUGGAGGAUUCCCCGAACCCUAAAUCUGAUGGCGGACCAUGCGGCGAAGCAAGCUGCGGCAACAGAGGAAGGUCCGGAUUGUCAAACGACAUUCCGCCCCAGUCGAGGAGGUGUCUCGACCCACAUGGGCACCGUUCUUGUGUAUAUAACUGGGACCUUCGUUCCUUGA